GCGAAAUUGUACGUUUAUGUUAUACUUUUUUGUUAAAAAUUCGAUGUUCUUAAUUAAUCACGAUUCACGUUUCAUGGUUACUUCGAGAUAAGAAGAGCUGUUACUCAUACUGAAUUACGUUUUAUAAUCGAACGAUUUUAACGUUGUCUUCACGAACGAGUAGCUUCCUUCACCGGAUCUAUGCUUUAUGCGAAAAUCAAGUCUACUAAAAGCUGUCCGAGCUGAUACGUGUACUCGGUAAUGAAUGGAGACGUUAACCCUCAAUGAUACAGUGGCAGAAGAAGUUGUACGAGAAUCGUGGCCUGCCGGACAAUUAUACGAACGAUUCGUUCUUGGAGGAAUUGCGUAAAAAUAUAAAACCGAAUAAUGUGACGUUAACAGAAGCUAUCAGUUUCGGUGCGACUGUCUGUAUUCAGCUAAACAUCGUUAUUCUUUUUGUCAUCAUAUUUAUUUGGUUAAACAAAGAAUUGACCAGUCCCAACAUCGUGUUCAUAUCGGUUGUACUGCUCACAGUAUUAGGUUAUUAUGUAUAUUGUUUAAAAACCCCAAGUACUCUGAUUAAUCUGACAAAACAUGUGAGAAUAGUGUUGAUCUUCCUUAUAUUUGGUUAUAUCUUAUCACCGGUAUUGAAAACGUUGACCGAGACCAUCAGUACAGACACCAUUUAUGCCAUGACGAUAUUAAUGUUCUUGGUGCAUUUAAUAUUCAGUAAAUACGGCCCUCUGCAAAUUUCCCUCUCAGAUUCUUUGUCGAUAACUUCGUCGAUCUUCGGCUCGUUGAUGCUGGCAUCCAGAUUGGCAUCGCCUUUUCAUGCUUUCACUCUUCUCACCGUCUCUGUACAAUGUUUCGUUCUGUUACCGUUUUUGAUGCACAAGCUCAACCGUAAAAUAUUGAUCUCAGGCUUCUUAACACUCGGUAUUUCGUAUUUCCUUUUGCUAGUCUCGCAAACAUUCUUUUACGUGUUCGUUGCAACUAUCAUGUUCUUACAUUUCAUUUGCCCGUACUGGUACGUGAAAUGUCAGAAGUAUAAAGACAAUAUCUAUGGGCCUUGGGACGAGGCUGUUAUCAUUAUCACUUCUUGAAAAGAUUCGUUUUGUUUCACGGUAUAAAAUAUUACAAAACAAUAUACAUUAACAAUUUCCUAAGAAUUUAUAUCUCAUCGAUGA